UACGUCGUACAAAGCAGCAGUCAGACGGCUGAAUGUAAACAUGGUGACAGGUAGAUGAGAAGAGCUCCAAAAUGGUCUUCGAAAGCGUCGUGGUAGACGUUCUCAACAGAUUUCUGGGCGACUACGUGGUCAACCUUGACAGUUCGCAGCUUAAACUUGGCAUCUGGGGAGGUGAUGCCAUCCUUCGAAAUCUUGAAAUUAAGGAGAAUGCUUUGAGUCAGCUUGACAUUCCCUUUAAAGUGAGAGCAGGACACAUAGGGCAACUAGAACUCCAGAUUCCCUGGAAGAACCUUUACACCCAGUCGGUGCGGGCUACACUGGAUGGCGUCUAUCUGCUCAUUGUGCCAACAGCAAGUAUCAAGUACGAUGCGGAAAAGGAGGAGAAGCAGCUGCAGGAAGCGCGGCAAAGGGAGCUGCAAAGGAUUGAGGAGACCAAACUGAAGGUCGCAGAGCUCGAGAAUCCCACAAAAGAGAAGCAGGACACCUUUGUGGAGAAGGUGGUCACGCAGAUCAUCAAAAAUGUUCAAGUCAAGAUCUCUAAUAUCCACAUUCGCUAUGAGGACGACGUCACCAAUCCGCUGUGCCCUUUGUCCUUCGGAGUCUCUCUUAGCAACCUCAGCCUUCAGACCUGCGAUGAGGACUGGAAGCCGACUCUCUUGGAUGAAAAUGCCAGACUUUUCUACAAGUUGGUUCAGCUGGACAAAUUGUUUGCCUACUGGAAUGUCAACUCUGCACUCUUCUCCAAUUACAGCCCGGACAAGGCUUUGCAAUGUCUUCAAAAUAGCCUGCUCCUCAAAGGCUCCUGUCCUACAGACCACGAUUUCAUUUUCCGUCCCAUCUCUGCCGAUGCAAAGCUUUGCAUGAAUCCCAGAUCAGACAUGGACUUCUCUUCUCCUAAAGUGGACCUUAUGGUCAAUCUGCGGGAGGUGGCCAUUGAGCUAAACAGACCCCAGUACGUCAGCAUCUUGGAGCUAUUGGGCUCGGUGGAUUUGAUGUCACGUAACCUGCCGUACAGAAAAUACAGACCCGAAGUUUUAGUUCGCAACAAUUCCAACAUUUGGUGGGACUACGCCAUCACGAGCAUCCUGGAGGUGGACGUGAAGCCCCGACUCCACAUGUGGUCGUGGCCGCACAUCCAGCGGCACCGCAAGCUGGUCAAGCACUACCGCGAGCUCUACAAGAUUAAGAUCACCAGCAAGAAACCCAGCGAGGAACUUCUCAAGGAACUGCAAGAGCCCGAGAAGACACUUGAUAUUUUUAACAUCACGCUAGCCAGACAGCAAGCUGAAGUGGAGGCGAGUAAGGCGGGCUUGCGUAUUUACCGUCCAGGCUUGAAGAUGGAGGAAGAGGAGUCUCAAGGGUGGGUGAGCUGGAUGUGGAACUGGGGGGCGGAGCCUGACUCUCAACCAGAGGAGGUCAAGAGCGCAGGAGGAGGAUUUGAUGAGCUGUUGACCUCCGCUGAGAAAGCCAGGCUCUACGCCGCCAUCGGAUACAGUGAGACGGCCGCUAAUUCUAUUUAUCCAAAGGAGUUUGAGGACAUGAAGGUGAAAUUCCACAUGGAGAAGCUGAGUGUCUCUAUCAAGGACAGCAAAGACAAAGACGAGAUCAUCAAGUUGACUGUCGGGGAGCUGAUGUCUUCCCUGACGCAACGAUCCGGCGCACAAGCCAUCAAAUUCACAGCCGAGCUCAGUUUGUUCGAGGUCACGGGUCUGGCAAGCGGCCGGCCCGCUCCCACCCUCCUGUCGUCCAGGACGGUCGGCACGGGAACGGGGAGUCCGCUGCUCAGCCUGUUUUUCGAGACCAAUCCUCUGGAUCAGCGUGCCAAUCAACGGCUCUUCGUGGAAUCGCAGCCGCUGGAAAUCAUCUACGACGCCAUGACGGUGAACGCCACGGCCGCGGUCUUCAGGCCUCCUGACGACCUGCAGCUGGACGAACUCACCAACGCCACGCUCAUGAAACUGGAGCAGUUCCGAGAUCGUACAGCCACCGGGCUAAUGUAUGUGAUCGAGACUCAGAAGGUGCUGGACCUGAAGGUGAACCUGUUGGCCUCUUACGUCAUCAUCCCACAGACGGGCUUCUAUGACGGCACUCAGAACAUUGUGUUGCUGGAUCUCGGACACUUGCAGAUGUCCAGUCAGUCCAAAAAGAAUCUGCCUCAGCUGUCGGCGUGCUCCAGCACAAUCGAAGACAUCAUGCAAAGAGCUUACGACAGCUUCGACCUCCAGCUCAAUAACCUGCAAUUCCUUUUCAGCAAACCAGACAACAACUGGAAAAAGGCUCGCAUGCAGAGGCAGUCGCCGCUCCACAUUUUGGAGCCGGUGGAUUUGAAAAUGGAGUUCAGCAGGGCCAUGGUGGUCAAAGACUCGCGCAUGGCAAAAUACAAACUGUCCGGAGAGCUCCCUCUGCUCUCCCUCCGGAUCUCCGACGUUAAACUUCGGAACGUUCUCGAGUUGUUGGACAGCAUCCCGCGGCCGCAGACGAAUCCUGCUCCGCCCAAUGCUAGCGCGCCCCCGCAUUCAAGGUCCAAGCAGUUCACACCGCAGCUUUCCAUGAAGAGACGUCUGCAGUUGGCCGACCAACGCUCCUCUAUGCUUUUCGAGUCGUGCGAGUCCAUCAGCAUUUCUUCGCUCGGGUCCGAAGAAGACUUGUUCUACGACGCCCCCAGCUCUCCCGUCACGGGGCAGCAGUUCUUAUUCGACAAUCCCAUGCCGCUGCGCUACGCCGACCUGAACAGACGGAAGGGUCCGGCGCUGGAGGAGCGUCCGAAGAACAUGACCGACUUUCUCAUGGCAUUUGAAAUCAGCGAGUUCUCCGUCCAGUUGUGUCGCCUUACUGAUAGCUAUCAGGAGGUGCCCGUGCUCCACUUGGAGGUGGAGGGCCUGGGCACGGAGCUGAAAAUACGCACCUUUGACAUGACAUCCAACACUUACCUCAAGGAGAUCUGCCUCAGGUGUCCCGAAUACACAGAUUCGCAAAACAAGGAAAUUCAACUCAUCACUACUUUGGAUAACAACGAGGUCGACAUGCUUACACUGGAGUAUAUACAUGCUGACAAAAACGGGCCCGAGUUCAAGUCCCUGCACAACAACACCGAGCAAGUCAUCAAGGUGACCUUCUCGUCUCUGGACGUGAAUCUCCACACGGAGGCGCUCCUCAACACCAUGAACUACCUCAGCGGACUGAUGCCGCAGUCCACCCAGCAGGAGGAGGCCGGACAGAAGGAGCUGGCCGUCAUCCCCGAGGAAGAGGAGCUGGAGGAGGGCAAGAAGGAGGCCACCGUUGCCAAGAGAAAAAUACCAAAGAAUUCCAAGGCGGCGGCCGUCAUCAACACGCACCUCCGAGCCGAUCUCCGCUCUCUGAAGGUUUACAUUCGAGGGCAGACAUCCAUGAUCUCGGAGAUCAGAAUCGAAGGCCUGGUUUCGGAGGUUUUGAUGAGGAAGCGAGAGAUGAAGGUCCUGGCCAAUCUGAAGAACAUCAUCGUGUUUGACUGUGACGAGACGGCCUUCUAUAAGAAGGCCGUGUCCAUCGCAGACAGGGAGGUGUUUGCCUUCCAGAUGAUCAACCACACAGACGCCACAGAAGGCGACGCCUACCUCGACAUGUCUCAGGUUGACACCUCGGUCACGUUGACAGUGGGAUGUAUCCAAGUCGUCUUCCUCAACAAGUUCUUGUCCUCCAUACUGGCCUUCGUAAACAACUUCCAGGAGGCCAAAGAGGCUGUGGCCGAAGUGACCCAUCAGGCGGCCGAAAAGGCGGCGUCGGGCGUGAAGGAGCUGUCGAAGCGCAGCACGCGCGUGGCCCUCAACGUCCGCUUCAAAGCGCCCGUCAUCUUUGUGCCGCAGUCGUCCUCGUCCCCCAACGUGCUGGUGGCCGAUCUAGGUUUCCUGGCGGUCAAGAAUCACUUUGCCAUGCAGCCUUCCAAGAGUCACAGCAAGAUCCCACCUGUGGUGGACAUCAUGGAAGUCAAGCUCACGGAUCUAAAGAUGUAUCGGACAACAUUAGUGAAUGGAGUGUUUCGGGGUGAAAGCGACCUGUUGCAACCAAUCAGCCUGGAAGUGGAGAUUCAGAGGAAUCUUUCGUCCAACUGGUACCAAAGCAUCCCCGACAUUGAGAUCACCGCUCAUCUUAUGCCUUUGAGCUUGAACCUCAGCCAGGAUGACAUGGUGGUUAUCUUCCGGACUCUCAGUGAAAACCUCUCGGAGAAUUCUGGCACUGCGCCCGCCCCCGCUGAAGACUCGACUUCUGACAAGGAGCGGCCCAGCUCCGGAAACGCAGACAGACCCAACGGCAACACGGUGGUGACGGCAGCCGUGGUGGAGACGCAGAAGAGCGUCAAGCUGAAGACUACCAUGAAAGGAGAUUUCAAGAUUGACUCCAUGGCGCUGGUCCUGUUCAAGCCCAACGUGAACGAGCUUCUCCAUGUGGAGCCGCACAAUGAUGAACUGAAACUUGGCGAGUUCACCCUGGGCACCAUCUCCACCUCCUUCACCAUGUACUCCGACAGCUCCAUGAAGGCCGCCGUCCGAUUGUCUACCUGCCUCCUCGAUGACAAGAGGCCAAAUAGCAAGACGGUCAGCCCAAGGAUGAUGGGCAUGCGUCCCGGAACGGAAAAGAACAUGAUGGUGGAGGUCACCUACCGGCAGAGCCACGAAGGCAGCGCCUUAGACACGGUGGUUCAAGACGUGUACCUGUGCGCCAGCAUGGAGUUCCUCCUCACCGUGACGGAUAUUUUCCUCAACGCCACCAAGGAGGGUUUUGCCGAAAGGCCGCGAGCCAAGAACACCCCGGCGCCGGUAGAUAACAACAACACCCCCGCUCAGCAAGAGGAAUCAAUUCCUGCUCCAACCAAGGUGUCCAAGUCGAAAAUGAACGUGGUGGUGCGAAACCCGGAGAUCGUUUUUGUGGCCGACCUGACGCGCGCCGACGGGCUGGCAUUGGUGAUGACCACGCAGUGCGAGUUAGUCAUCACAAACGACGAGGAGAGCUCAAAGAUGACGGCCGCCAUCAAAGACCUCAAGGUGGUGGCCUGCCCGUUCCUAAGGGAGAAGAGGCUUCACAACGUGACCACGGUUUUGCAGCCAUGCCAGGUGUCCUUUCAGAGUUGUCAGACACCUACGUCUCCGCAAAUUAUGGACAUCUCCAUCAACUCUCUCACACUCAAGGUUUCACCCAUCAUCAUCAAGACGGUCCUCUCCAUCCACUCGGCCCUGACACCCACCCAAGAGACCACGGAGGCGCUCGAAAGUCCCGUCCCUGUGGACAUGUGGGAGAAACGGGGCUGGAAGGAGCUCAAACUUUGGUUCCUGGAGGAGCAGGGAGAAGCCAGCACGAAAGCUGCGGCCCCGUUGAUUCCACAGGGGGAGUCGCUUAAGAUGGACAUCAAAUCAAUCUGCGUGACGUUGGAGGCCGGGGUGGGGCACCGCACCGUGCCCAUGCUUCUAGCAAAAUCCUCCUUCCAAGGAGAUGUCAAAAACUGGUCCACGCUCAUCAACUUGAGGAGUGAGCUGAAUUUAGAGGUCCAUUACUACAACGAGGUGGUGGGAGUGUGGGAGCCGCUGCUGGAGCCAUUAGAGGAUGAGACGAGAGAUGGACCCGGGAGACCCUGGAGACUGGAAUUUAACAUGAAAACAAAGCCCUUAAAGAACGCGGAGUGGGCAGAUGAGGUGGACUACAACGUCCCAGACUACAAGACUGUCAUUGUGAUCAGCAGCAUGGACCAGCUCAACAUCACCCUCUCCAAAUGUGGCCUUGCCAUGCUGAGCAACCUGGGCAUGGCUUUUGCCGAGGCCGCCAAGGAGACGGCCGAAUGCUUCCAGAAAGACGAGGCUCCGUUUGUCGUAAAGAACCGCCUGGGCCUGCCCGUGUUUGUCCAGUACAGCGACAUGUUUUCCCCCGUCGCCACGCACAGCAACGACCACACGGUCGAGCUGCAGGACGGCCAAACGCUCGGGAUGGACUACUCCGUCACCACCGAAUCGGACCAGUUCUCGGCAAUGACCUCCCUGAACGAAAAGGACUGCUACAUACAGCCGACUCCAGCGGGCCACACGUCCGCCAGCAUGAUCCCCUUGAUCAAGGUCGGACGGAGAAUGUACAGAGUCAUGCACGAGGUGUCGGGGGCCCCCCGCUUCCUGGUGUGUCAGGUUUAUUCCUCGGAAGGCAGCAAGUACAUCAAGAUCCGCUCGCCUUUCCAGAUCAUCAACCAUUUCGACAUCCCCUUUAAAGUGUUCGAGGGCUCGACGUAUUUGGGUACGUCGUUACCGACAGAGGAGUUUUGUGUCCCUCUGGUCUCGUACGGGUCUGAGCUGAGCCUCCAGCCCGUCACGGGUGAAGGUGGCGACCAGUUUGAGUGCUCUGAGGGCUUCAGCUACAACGACAUGGACCUCCAGCAGCCCAAAGCUCACAUUGAGCAACGGUGCCGCCGCAGCGGCAACCUGGGCGGCGUGCUGACGGUCAACAUCGUGCCUGUGAAGGACGCGGUGACGUUCAAAGACACUGGCGGCGUGGGGGACAACUUUGACGUGCCCUUUGUUCUCCAUUUGUGGCCUUGCGUGCUGCUACGGAAUCUGCUGCCUUACCCCGUCACCUACAAACUCAACGACGGUAGCGAGUGCGGGCCGGAGUCCACGCUGACCCCGGGCCACUCCGCCCAACUUCACACUGCCGUUAUCGACCAGUCCAGCCUGGACCUCUGCCUGAUUGACUACCUCGCUCAAGACUGGUCUGCUCAGUACAGCCUCCGCAGCGAGCAGGAGGAGAUCACCUUCACCGUGUUCCAGUCCCUCCGCCUGGAGGAGGACGACGUCUGCGAGGGGACGGAGAGGCGGCGGGUGGAGCUGGACAUCGCCGUCCACGUCAAGUACGAGCAGGGCCAGACGGUGGUGGCCAUCCACUCGCCGUACUGGAUGGUGAACAAGACGGGCAGGCUGCUGCAGUACAAGGCGGACGACAUCCACCGCAAGCACCCGCUGGAUUACGACAUGCCGCUGCUCUUCUCCUUCAAACCUCGUUACUUCCUGAAGAACAACAAGGUUCGCCUCAUGAUCUCGGAAAGCGAACACUCCGAUGAUUUUUCACUGGACACCGUCGGGAGCUACGGAGAUGUGAAAUGCAAAGGCCAGUAUAAAGAUUAUCUGGUUGGAGUGAAGAUCGACACCAGCAGCUUCAGUCUCACCCGCAUCGUGACCUUCAUGCCGUUCUACCUGCUGGUCAACCGGACCAAGCAGACCAUCUUUGUAUGCGAGGAGGGCCAGGAGAGCUGGACCGUGGUCCCGCCUGAACAGUCCGCCAUUCCCUUCUGGCCGGAAAAUGAUGCCAAACUCGUGAAAGUGAAAGUAGAAGGUUGUCUGUCUCCGCCACGCGUGAUCAACUUCUCGCGUCCGGAGAACUGCUUAUUGCUGCACUUGGAUAACAACGUGGGCGGGAUCGUCGUCGACGUCAACGUAUCGGAGCACUCGGCCACCAUCCGAUUCUCCGACUACCACGAUGGCGCGGCCCCUUUCCUUAUUAUCAACCACACGAAAGACCAAACUUUGCAGUUCUAUCAGAGCAUACAGACAGAGUCAGCAUGGGUGCCCAAUGAGCUGCUGGACCUCUCUUUCUCAGUGGAUGAGGACAGUUCCCAGAAGCCCGAAGAAGUGGAAGAGCUGGAGGCGGGGAAAGCCGUGCAUUACACUUGGAACAAGCCCACGGGUUCCCGGGAACUUUGCUGGAAUUGCGGCAAAUACAGUGGGAAGCUUAAAAGCGAAGAGGAUCUGCAUGAGGACUUGGGGAAGGAAGGCAAGCUUUUUGUCGUCUCCCUCUACGAAGGUCUUCAGCGCACGGUGCUGUUCACCGAGGAGCGGCGCAUUUACAAUCUGCUGUGCGAGAGCGAGAAGGCACAGUUGGCCCAGCAGGAAAUCGUACUUUCGCUCUACAACGUGGGCGUUUCGCUGGUCAACAACAGCAGCGGCCAGGAGGUCUCCUACAUCGGUAUCACCAGUUCUGAUGUGGUGUGGGAACUGAAGCCCAAGAAGAAGAACCGCUGGAAGCCCAUGAGCGCCGAGGCGGCUAAGAUGUUGGAGAAACACUUCAAGCAGUACAUUGAAUCCGGGCCUGUCGACAAAGCCAUCGUCGACCUGGAUAACAGCUUCCAGGUGUGCCUGUCACCCAACGGAACAGACAUGCGAUUGCUGCAGCCGUGCGACGCCCCUCUCAGAAGGCACUUUCUUCCGGCCGUCAAUGUGGAGUACCGCGUCUCGCCUCGCCAGAGUGCCUACCGGGUCCAAAUCCAUCACAUCCAGAUCCAGAAUCAGCUCCCAGGAGCCAUCUUCCCCUUCGUUUUUUACCCGGUGAAGCUUCCAAAGUCCGUCACCAUGGAUUCAGAACCCAAGCCUCUGACUGAUCUCAGCAUUGUCACCAGGGCUGCAGGCCACUCUAACAUUUCCCGCAUCAAGUACUUCAUGGUGCUGAUCCAAGAAAUGGAUCUGAAACUGGAUCUGGGCUUCCUCUAUGCAAUCCUGGAGCUGUUCACCCCAGAGGAUGCCAACAUCACCAGCGUCCAACAGGAGGUGGAACUUUUUGAGAAAGAUGUGGAGUAUAUAAAGAAUGAGCUGAACCACGUUUCCGCCGCUGAUAACACGCCCAUCAGCCUUUACGAGUACUUCCACAUUUCCCCCAUCAAGCUCCACUUGAGUUUCUCUCUGAGCACGGGCGGCGAGGACGGCCUGAAGGAAAAGAGGGAAAGGGAACUCAUCCCCGUGCAGUCACUCAACCUGUUGCUCAAGAGCAUCGGCGCCACGCUCACCGAUGUGCAAGAUGUCGUUUUCAAGCUUGCUUUCUUUGAGUUGACGUUCCAGUUCUGCACCACCCAGCAGCUCCAGUGGGAAGUCGUCAGGCAUUAUUCCAAACAGGCAAUCAAGCAAAUGUAUGUGCUGGUGCUGGGCCUAGAUGUGUUGGGUAAUCCAUUCGGUCUGAUCCGAGGGCUGUCUGAGGGAGUGGAGGCCUUCUUCUACGAGCCCUAUCAGGGCGCGAUCCAGGGGCCAGAGGAGUUUGUGGAAGGGAUGGCGCUCGGAGUGAAGGCCCUCGUAGGAGGAGCUGUUGGGGGCAUAGCAGGUGCUGCCUCCAGGAUCACGGGCGCCAUGGCCAAGGGCGUGGCCGCCAUGACCAUGGAUGAAGAGUACCAGCAGAAGAGGCGAGAGACCAUGAACAAGCAGCCCAGUAGCCUCCGAGAGGGGCUCACCAGGGGUGGCAAAGGAUUGGUCUCGGGAUUCGUCAGCGGAAUAACAGGCAUUGUCACCAAACCCAUUAAAGGAGCCCAAAAGGAAGGCGCGGCGGGCUUCUUCAAAGGAGUCGGCAAAGGCCUGGUGGGUGCCGUCGCCAGGCCCACCGGAGGCAUCAUCGACAUGGCCAGCAGCACCUUUCAAGGCAUCAAGAGGGCGGCAGAGACAUCGCAGGACAUCCAAUCCCUGCGCCCCCCUCGCUUCAUCCACGAAGACGGCGUGAUACGGCCGUAUAAGCAGAGGGAGGGCAUCGGAAGUCAAAUGCUUCAGAAAAUCGAGAACGGUCGUUUUGCGAAGUACCGUUACUUUGCUCACGCUAAAGUCAACGACUCGGACUUCCUCAUGAUCACCAAGAAGGGUGUUUUCUUCGUAACCACGGGAACAUUCGGUCAGCUCAUCUGCGAGUGGCAGUACUUGUUUGACGAGUUCACCAAGGCGCCCACCAUUGUGGAGAACCGACGGCUGCGCAUCGAGGCCAAGGAGCGAGUCAAGUCGGUGUUUCACGCCAAAGAGUUCGGCAAGAUCAUUAACUUCAAAACGCCCGAGAUCGCCACGUGGGUUCUGGCCAAACUGGAGGACGCCAGGGACAGUUUACCGAAAUACCAAAUGGCAACACCAACAUGGGAAGCCAUUUGAGCAGAUGUCCUGGAGGUGCUAAUCCGCAUUGUGUCCUUACCAGUGAAACGAGUCAUAGAAGAAAAACACACACACACACUAAAAUAUAUACGAUAGAGCUCAUGUCCAUCAGUGCCUUUGUUUGUUCACCUCACCUUGUGUGUUCACUGUGUGUGCAAGUUUUAUAAAAUUUGCAAAAGUCACUUUUUUUUUUUCUGCCUGACUUUUAAUGACGCACGCUCACAGAAUGACUCGUUUGAUACUCUGCGACAACUACAGUGUUUUUUUUUUUUUUUUAUUCAUUUCCGCACGCUAAAUCUCUGGAGUGUGUAAGUUAAAACGCAUGCCAUUUUUUUUAUACUGAACUGCUGUAUAUUAAUCUUGUAGGCUAUGUAUAUACCGAAAUAUAUAUAUAUACAUAUAAAUCCAUUCACACACUGGGUAUAAUGACUGUAAUUUUUAUGUUUUUAUAUUACAUGUGCUCACCAUCCAGAGAUGAGCUGCUUUUUUGGGUUAGUUUUUUUUUAUGUUGGGUAUACAAAAUUACACACAUUUGGAGAUUCACACUUUUAUUUAAUGUUUUUUUUCUCUUUUUGAUCAAAUAUGGAGGUAAAAACAUCAGUUUUGGGAGGGGGCUAAAAUGUUUUCAGUUUUCAAAAAUACUAAAUCACAAAAGCUCCCGGGAUGAUAGCUUUAUUUGUUUUAACAAGUCCAUACAAUUUGAAGAUAUUUCAUUUAUGUGAGGUUAUUCAUUUCAUUUGAAACAUGUAGACGUUUUUUUCCCUUUUUUUCAACCGUGUUAAUACGACAAAAAAAACUAUUUAAAAGGAGGGACUCGUAAUUAACAUUUUUAAAACAUUUUGCUUUUUUAUAUUUUGAUGCUGAUGUAUGUCUUCAGGUAUUCACUGCAGUGGCUUUUUUUUUUUUUUCUGUUCAAUAAAUGCAUAAUUAGAGG